AUGGCGGCGACAACGAAAAAGGAACAAGCAGUGUAUUCACACGGGCAUCAUAAAUCAGUCGUGCAAGACCACGCGCGGCGCACCGCACGAGACUCCGCCGCGUUCCUACUCCCGCACAUCAAGCCCAAUUCCACGAUCCUGGACGUAGGCUGCGGACCUGGGACAAUCACGGCGGACCUCGCCGCACUCGUGCCACAGGGCAGCGUGAUCGGCUGCGACCCGGUGGAGUCGGUGCUGAGCCAGGCGACAUCGUACGCGGCAUCCCGAGGGUUGAGCAAUGUGACGUUCGAAAAGGUCGACGCGAACGCUCUGCCCUAUGCCGACGAGACGUUCGACAUUGUGACGUGCCACCAAGUCCUCCAGCACGUGUCGGACCCCGUGGGCAUCCUGCGCGAGAUGCGGCGCGUGGUCAAGCGCGGCGGGCUCGUCGCCGCGCGGGAGGCUGACUACGCCACCUUCGCAUGGUACCCUGAGCCGAAGGAGCUCGCGCGCUGGGCCGAGCUGUACCAGAUGGUCGCGAAGACCAAUGGCGGCGAGCCGAAUGCGGGCCGGUAUUGCCAUGUGUGGGCGCGGCAGGCCGGUUUUGACGGGGAGGAGGUCGAGGCCACCUGGGACCAUUGGCGGUAUGCGGAUGAGAGGGUCCGCCAGUUUUCCGAGAGUUGGGCCGGGAGGAUCCUCCAGCCAGGGUUUCUGAGGACGGCGGUGGACAAAGGGUUUGCGAGCGAGGAGGAGAUCAGGGGGAUUUCGGAGGCGUGGAAGAAAUGGGGCACGCAGGAGGAUGCCUUCUUUGCCAUUCCCCAUGGCCAGAUUCUGUGUCGGAAGUCGUGA